UCUCUCGAUCUCGAUGGCGGGGGUCCGGUGGCCGCCGGAGGACUCCGAUCUAUUCCCGUCGAGGCCGCCUCCGGCAGCGACGGAGAUGGUCUCCGAUGACGACAGGUCGGUGGCUGCGGACUCGUGGUCUAUCAAGAGCGACUAUGGCAGCACUCUCGAUGACGAGCAGCGUCAUGCUGAUGCCGCUGAGAUCCUCUCGGUCUCCACCUUCCCCGCCGCCUCCGAUAGCAGCUCUGACAAAGAGGAUUCAGAUGCUAAUGAGGCGGAACCUUCAAUUUUGGGCUUACAAAGCUACUGGGAUGCAACUUAUGCUGAGGAUCUUGUGAAUUUCCAUGAGCAUGGUCAUGCUGGUGAAAUUUGGUUUGGUGUUGAAGUUAUGGAUGUUGUAGCAUCUUGGACUAAAAACUUGUGCACAAACAUGGUUGGAGGUGGGAAUCUAGCCAAUGGCAGCAGCAAUAAAUCUGAAUCAAAAGACAAGGCCUGUGGAGACUUGUCCAAAUGGAGCGUACUUGACAUUGGAACUGGGAAUGGUUUGCUUCUGCAAGAGCUUGCAAAACAAGGGUUUUCAGACCUGACUGGAAUUGAUUAUAGUGAAAAAGCAAUAAAUCUUGCACGAAACCUUGCUGAGCGUGAUGGAUUCUCUAGUAUUAAGUUCCUGGUUGAUGAUGUUCUAGGUACAAAAUUAGACCGAAAAUUCCAGCUGAUUGUGGACAAAGGGACUUUUGAUGCUGUUGGGCUACACCCAGAUGGUCCUGUCAAGAGGAUGGUGUAUUGGGAGGCUGUAUCAAACCUGGUCACUGCUUGUGGAUUACUGGUGAUCACAUCAUGUAACAAUACAAAAGAUGAAUUAUUAGCAGAAGUGGAUGACUUCAACAAAAGGAUCAGAUCUAAAAACCUUGUCCAAUAUCCAGGUACUGAACCUACCGAUGUUUUCCAAUAUUUAGAUCAUGUUUGCACAUAUCCUACGUUCGUCUUCGGCGGGGUUGAGGGAUCCCAUGUGUCAACUGUUGCAUUUAUUCGCAAAUGAAACCUGAAUUUCACAAUCAAAGUUAAGUAGAAUCCAUGGUUUAGUCUUUCAGUAGCCAUUAAACCAUUCUCCUAUUGUCUUGUCUAUCUUGCUCCUUUGUUGGAUUUUGGACAAUGUAUUUGUAACUCCAAUGCAGUAUUUGUAUGUACUAAGUUUAAGUUUUAAAAGUUUU